CUUCAGUGAGUGCGUGCGUGUGUGUGUUGUGGGUACUCCUCGUCACCAAGGAGGUGUUGGGGGGGUGGGUGGAGCCCGUGAGGUGCUGAACGGUUUCCACCCCACCAACGGUGUGAGGAUAGCGACAGGAUGGACUUCCUGCUCGGUGGGUGUGCGGCCACAUGCGCUGGAUUCUUCAGCAACCCGUUCGACGUGAUCAAGACGCGCCAACAGCUGCACGGUGAACUGCUGGAACGGACCGGAUCUACGACCGGACCUGGCCAAACAACGACAACCCGCAACCCAUACGGCUCCGUGUUGAGAUCCUUCCGGUCGAUCCUGCGCUCGGAGGGUGUACUAGGGCUACAGAAAGGUCUGGUGUCGGCGCUAGCCUUCCAGUUCGCGAUGAACAGCGUCCGAUUGGGCAUCUACCAGACGGCGGAGAAUUGCGAAUGGACGCGUGGGGCCAACCCGGCCGGUACGCUGCUCCGGUCGAUCGCCUGGGGCGGGCUGAGUGGUGUGAUCGGCUCGACCGUCGCCUGUCCGUUCUAUAUGGUGAAGACGCAGAUUCAAGCGCGUUCCCAUGGACAGUACGCGGUCGGUUACCAGCACCAGCACACAGGCACUCUGGCCGCCCUCAGUGGGAUCUACCGUGAGCACGGGGUGCGCGGAUUGUGGCGCGGUUACCCCGGUAUUGUAACGCGAACCGCCAUUGGUUCAUCUGCCCAGUUGGCCACCUUCUCCACCUGCAAGGAGCUGUUCGCUCAGCUUGACUGGUGCCGCGAGUCGGUCGCAUUCACCGCGUUUGCCGCCAGUAUGGUGAGUGGGUUCUUCACCUGCGUGUUCAUGUCUCCGUUUGACGUGAUCGCGACACGGCUUUUCAACCAGGGUGUUGAUGCACGAGGCCGUGGGCUGUUGUACGGGAGCGUGCUGGAUUGCUUCACGAAGACGCUACGAGCCGAGGGCCUACACGGACUGUACAAGGGCUUCGUGCCGAACUACUGGCGCAUCGCACCGCACACCAUUCUUAACCUGACGAUCUGGGACCAGUUCAAGGCAUGGCGAGAUCUCUACUACGGCUGA